AUGGCAGGAAAGGAGGAGAAGCAGGCGAAGCCGCUCGCCAUGUCGUCGCCAUCCGUCGGCGCCGACGAGGAGGCCGCCACCAGGUGGCGCUCGAUCCGGUACCUCCGCAAGCGCCGCUACGCUUUGUGGUGCUGCGGCUGCUGCGGUGCGGCCGUCGUGGUCCUCGGCAUCACCAUCCUCAUCCUCUCCCUCACCGUGUUCAAGGUGAAGGACCCCACCCUCACCAUGAACUCCCUCACCGUCGACGGCGUCAACUUCGACGUAGGCCCGUUCGACGACCUGGUGCAGCUGAACGCCACACUCGUCGCCGACAUCUCCAUCAAAAACCCGAACGUCGCUUCCUUCCGGUUCGACAACAGCACGACGGACUUCUACUACGAGGGGGAGACGGUCGGGGUGGCGUACGCGCCGGCAGGGAAGGUGUCGGCCCACCGGACGGUGCGAAUGAACGUGACGGUGGACGUGCUCACCAACCGGGUGGUGAGGCAGAUGAACAUCACGGCCGACACACUAACUUCCGGCACGCAGCUGAACCUGACGAGCUUCACGGAUAUAAACGGGAGAGUGAACGUGCUAGGCGUGUACAAGCGUGACAUCGAGGUAACGAUGAACUGCAGCAUGACGCUGGAGGUGUCGGCUACGCAUCAGGCAAUUCAAAGCACCGACUGCUCUGCUAAUGUCAAGUGAAAUGAAGCCGGUGUUCCUCCUUCAUGUCGUCAGUAAAAAAUGGUGUCACAUUACAUGAGUCCCUUUUUUUUUAUGCUAUAAAUCGCCUUUUGGUUGCUUCA